AGUUAUCAUCUGCUGUAAAUUUUGUUUUGCAUUUCAUAAAGGAAAUAUUUAUAUUUGAAAGGUAGAAAAUGAAUUGCGUUUAAGUUUUGGUAACAUGAAUGAUCCAGUAAAAAAAGAAGAAAGCCUGGGGAAUAGAGAGACUGAUGUCAUUGUGAUGUCUCUAACAAUUUUUUUUACUGGCAAAGUUUUGAAUGAAAGAAUUUCACAUUGUAAAAAAUGUAACGUCAACGAGUUUCACGUCAAUGUUUAAUUUAUUUAAAACCGUUAAGUUCAUGAAAGUCAAAAUUCUAGCAAAACAAAAGUAUGUUGAAAAGAGUCUGAUUAAAAAUGUUGGAGUAGCCUAUAAUUAAUUAUAAAUGUAUGAGUUAAUUCUUGUCAUUUUGUAGUAUAACAUAUAGACUGUAAAAAUAGGGUGUAUAAGGAUGCAUUGGGAAAACCCCAGACAUGGCCGAGACUGGCAGUCAUCGCUGGCAGUGGGCGGAGAUCCUUCAACUUCUUGAAUUCUGCUAUUUCCCAAUAUAUCAGGUGACUUGUAGAAAAAUACAUCCUAUUGUUUGUUUGUUUUUUCAGUCUUAUUUAAACACUUAAGUCCUUUCCGUUUUCACUAUUGCGAUAAAUAUGCGCGCAAUGGUAUGUAAUCGAUAAGAGCUUCUGAUUUGUCAAGAUAAUUAUGUUUAUAAUACGCUAAUUAUGUCGUAGUUUCACUUUCAACCGCUAUUGAAUCAAUGAGAGUCUACGGAAGUGUGGGAACAAUGCGUGUGACCCUGGUGGGGGAGGUGAAGCCUUAAUUAGGGGUCUCCAGACUCCCUAUAUAAUUAGCGACAUAUUAAAGUGAUGGCUGUUGGAGUCAGUUGCACAGAAAUUCAACAGCAUCGCGUGGAGCUGGUGGAGAACUACAGCAAACACCUGACACGCCUGCUGGACGUACUGUUUAACGUGGGGGCGGUGACCGAGGAGGACCUCAGUUUCAUCAGAGGUUCGGCUGUUAGAGGUGAGCGAGAAUGUAUGAGAUUACUGUUGGAUGUGCUGAACGGGAGAGGAGAAGAAUCAUGCAGGGCGUUCCUCUACAUACUGCAGAGUGUUCAAGGUGAGACCACAAACCCAGGACAGCCCAACCAGCUAGAGCAUCUCAAAAAGCACAAGGACAUCUUGGCCAGACAGCACAGUCUGGUGGACUAUCUCAGCAUCAGAGGACACAAUUUAGGGCAGGAUGAAACCUGGUACUUGACUGAUAUCACCUUCUCAAGACAAGCUGGUUAUGCGUCGACUUCUCAAUUCCGACAUGAGUCCACAGGAGUUGGGGAUGCUUUCAGGACACGCACGGAUGAGAUCUGCGUUUUCAGGGAUGUGUACGAGAAUCUGCUGUCCAAACCAUCAAGUGGUGUGAAUAUGCUGUCAGGAGUUGCUGGAAGUGGGAAAACCACGGUUGUGAGACGGCUCGUGCGAGAGUGGGCUGCAGAAAACACCUCUACCAAGAUUGUCCUAUCUCUGGCCUUUCGUGAGCUAAACCUCAUAACUCAAGAGCAGAGCUUGCAGGACCUGCUCUCGGAUCACUACAUCCACCUAAAACCUGUCCUGAACGAGUUACUGAGCUCCAAACCAUCCAGGUUUUUGCUCAUCUUAGAUGGUCUGGAUGAGUUCUGCUACCCUCUCAAUUUCGAACACACUCCCAAGUGCUCAAAUCCUGAGCGGGUGCAGCCUGUACAAUCCAUUGUGGUGAACUUAAUCAAAGGAAUUCUGCUUCCAGGCGUGUCCAUUUUCCUCACCUCACGGCCUCAUGCGGUCUCCAAAGUUCCUCCAGUGCUGGUCAGUCAUUUUUACAGUCUGCUGGGUUUCUCUUCAGCCCAGCAGAAGCAGUACUUUGAGCAGAACUGCAGUUCUCCGGAGGCUGCCGCUGCAGUGUGGGCCUCUGUUUCGUCUCAUAAGCCCCUUCUCCUCAUGUGCCACAUUCCUGCAUUCUGUUGGAUUGUGUCCACCGCCUUGCUUGACGGUGGCUCCUGCCUUUGUCCUGAUUCUGUAAAUGCCAACCAGCCAAACUCUUCAUUGGGACCUUCCGAGCUCCUUCUGAGCUCCAAACCAGUCACGAUCACUGAGAUCUAUUGCUGCUUUGUAAAAUCCAUCGUGCUAUUCCACGUGCAAGGGCGUUGCGAGGGCUCUCAUCACACCAGGCUUCAGCACGCCCCUCAUGUCCUUGGCGAAAUGCAGCCUAUUCUCAAAAGCCUGGGAGCUAUGGCCUUCAGAGGCCUCCUGGAGAGACGGUUCAUCUUCGAAAGCGCUGAUUUGAGCUCUUUUAAUCUGGAUAGCACCAAAAUCUCACAGGUGUUCCUCUUUGAGAUACUUAAAGAGGAUCGAGCAUCCCUCACCUUUGAGAAGGGCUUCCAUUUUAUCCACACCAGCGUGCAGGAGUUCCUGGCUGCCCUGUACUAUGUUCUUCAGUCACUUUCAGGAUCAGAUCCAUUUUUAGGGCUCCAACCAAGCACAGGCCAGUAUCUUCAGUCUGCGUUUAAGCAGAUAGCAUCAGCCUUUAACAAAUUCAGCAGACCACGGCGCCUUUUCCGCAGACGCAUUAAGAAGGCACUUCGCUGUGGUGUACAUCAUCAAUCUGGACACAUGGAUCUUUUCUGCAGGUUUGUAUGCGGCCUGCUGGUUCCUAGAGCACGUCUCAUCCUAAAUGGAUUUUUCCCUGAUGGGCCCAAGAUGCACUUGCUCCGUUGCCAACCCUCUCCUGACCCGACUCCUCCUUUCCUCCUCCAUCUGUUACACUCCCAACUGCAGAGCUCCACCCUCAGCCCAGAGAGGCAGGUCAAUGUUUGUCACUGUCUAUAUGAGGCCCAGGACCCUGGUUUGUCCCAGCGGCUACAGGGUUGGAUGAAAGUUCUUUCACAGCAGGCCCCAGGUCAGUCCGGUUCACUAAACAGGGACUGGAGCGAGCUGGCUUUCCUGUUACAGCUCAGCUCAGAUCUGCAGGUUUUAAAUUUGGACGCUCAAGGACUUGAUGCUGACGGAUUACGCCGACUCCUACCUGUCCUUCCUCUCUUUUCAACUCUCAGCCUUGGCCAGAAUCCUCUUGGUUCAGAAGGAGCGUCUGUAUUAUCCCUCGUGCUGAGAAACCCAGAUUGCCGCAUUCAGAGGCUUUGGGUGGUUGCGACAGGGCUUGGCUGUGAAGGCCUGAAAAUCCUCGUGGAAGCACUGAAAGAAAAUCGUACUGUGACUGAUCUCAGAAUGGCCAUCAAUAAAAUUGGAGAUGAUGGAGCUGGUUAUCUUGCAGAAUUGUUGAGGACGAAUUGCACACUGACAGAUAUCAGACUUCGUGACAACCUAGUGACAGACAAAGGAGCAGAAGUCCUCAUGGCUGCUCUCAAAGAGAACACUACAUUAGAGUACUUGUGGAUGUUUGACAACAAGUUUACUAAAGACGGCGUCAAGAAGCUGAAAGAAUUCGCAAAUACCAGACCAAACCUUGACAUUAAAGUUUGCGUCUGACCCAUAACCGACAAACCAGUGGAAUAUCUCUAAACGGCAUUUGCUUUAUUGAACUGGCUCAUUUUGAUAUUAGUAAAACUUAUAUAUUAAAACAUUAGACUGUUAACCACUCUGGCUACUACUGCCCUCUACUGGACUUUUAAAGAGCUGUGGCUACUUAUUGGUAUGGUACGUUUGUAAUAUGUAUUUAAUUGGCAUUUGGCUGUAAUAUAUGUAAUAUUAUUUUGUUAAAUACCUUUUUAAUAGCAAAACCAUUCAUUUUGGCUAAAACCCACACAAGAAGAUUUCACUGAAGCUUUUAAGUGCUUUGAGGACUCAAAAAUUGCUUUUUAACACACCUAAGUUCUUCUUGUAUACUUUUAUACAUUCUUCUUUCUAUUUUCUGCUAUAUUGUCUCUUUACUUUAUUGCCCUUUUUCUUUAUGGGUGCUUUUACAUGCAGAGCUCAUACGGGGUCUUUUUAAAUGCUUCAUAAACAGAAGUAAAAUGUAUGUGUAAAAUACACAAAGGCAUAGUAUUAUUUGGUUAGUCGAUUCAAAGAUACUAUCAAAUCAGUUGUCAACAUGUGAAAAUAUUGAUAACUAUUGACUUCCUUUAUUUAUUACUGUUACUUUACAUCAACCCAGUUACAAUAUAUCUGUUUGACAUUGCACGCCUGUCUUCUCCCUGAAAGUUGCAUAAUAUAGGUUCAUGCAUUGUUAUAUCAUUAAUUGUCGUAACAUCAUGAAAUAUGAAUUGGUAUAACAAGUAUUAUUGCUUAGCAGUUCUUACAAUGUUAUGCAAUCAUUAAAACAAGAUGUACAAAUAAAAGUUCAAUAAACACAUUAUAU